UGGAACAACAUUAUUUUCACCCUCGUGUUUUUUAUGCCAUUAUUAGGUAAAAUCUUCCAUGUGAGAUUCUUACCAAAGAAGGCCGAUAAUUUUUUUAGAACGAUAAUUGCGGAUAUUAUGGAGCAAAGAAGAAGGGAAGAGACUCGUAGAAACGAUUUUCUUCAGUUGAUGGCCGAUCUGGAACGGACAGAGGGUGAUAAAUUUGACCUGGAAAUGAUCACGUCUCACGCGCUGUCGUUCUUCAUCGAUGGCUACGAGACUUCCAGCACUGUUUUAAGCUUCAUCGGCUUCAAUUUGGCCACUCAUCCAGAAGUGCAGGAGAAAUUACGCGACGAGGUGGUGUCUGUGCUUAACAAAUACGAUGGUGUGAUCACUUACGACGCCUUGAAAGAUAUGACGUACAUGGAUCAGGUAUUAAGCGAAUCACAGAGACUCCUACCCGCUUUGGGAUUCCUGGACAAGGUUUGCACGCAGGAUACCGAUUUGAGAGGAUCCGACGGACUCGUUUGUCACGUGCCACGUGGCAUGCAUAUCAUGAUAUCAGUCAACGGCUUGCAGGAAGACUCCCGAUACUGGGAGAAUCCUACAGUGUUCGAUCCCGAUAGAUUUGGUCCGGAGAAAAAACAUAGCAUCGAGAGAUUUGCUUAUCUUCCCUUCGGCGAGGGGCCGCGAAUGUGCGUGGGAAUGAGAAUGGCUCAGUUGCAGAUGAAAGCAUGUUUGGCCACGCUCCUGAGGAAGUACAGACUAGAGCUUUCCCCGAAGACACAAGUACCAUUAAAGAUGACGGCUUCGACCUUCCUGUCCGCUCCGGAGGGUGGCCUUUGGGCCAUUAUCCGACCGAUUUAACUACGAUAUCUAAAAAAAAUUUUUUAAAUAGAUUUUUUCUUUGUUUUGUUUACUUUUUUUUUACAAUUAUGGAUUUUUUAAAUGUUAGUUUCUGUAAGAUUAAUGUUUUUAAUACUACAUUUCUCUAUUGGUUUUAAAUGAUACUUUAAUAUGAGUUGUAUUUAAAAGCUGACCUAACUUAAUAAACGUUAAGAAAAUUUUUCAUUUAUUCGAGGAAUUAUAAACAUUAGUCUUUUAUUUUUUAAUUGUAUAGGUAUAUCAGACCUAAUUUUUGUUGUUAUCUCGUUUCAAGUUGUACUGUGAAGAAAUUCUGAAUUAAUGUGUUUAAAAUUAUUUUUUAUGUUUAGAUUAGAUAUUAUUAUAAUAAAAGAGAUAAUGUUUUGAGAUACUAUCAUGUUGAUAUAACACUUAAAUUGCGCAUGAUUUUGCGGUGCAAGUUAUCAGUCAUGCAUGACUCGUCAGUGUUGCGAUAUUAAAACGAAUACAAAAAGA